AGAAAAAGGCUUGAUGACGACUGGUAAUGUUGGCGUAGGGGUGAGCGAAAGUAGCUGCUUUCAAAUGAUGAUAAUUUGCUUUACGUUCUUCUUUAAACAUGUUAUUCUUUCAAAAAUGAAAUAUUGAUAAUUUGAAGAGGAGAAACCGUAAACGUUCGUUUUGUUAACUAUAAAAAUCUAUAAAUAAAAGGAGCAAAAUGAUGUCAGAGUGCGACCCUACGGAGACAGAAAGCGGCUUGCCCGUGCUGGACACCGGGGAGGCAGCAGCAGUCUCCGAAUUGGAUUCAAACUUUCACUCCAUAGGACCCUCAUUCGACAACAGGCGGAUAGCACUGGGGCAUUCGGCCAACCCUGGAGUCGCUGUCCGGAUAUCGGACUCUCGAGAGAGCGUCUUAACCGAACUAGAGACGGACGGCUCCGGCGAAGAGGCGCUGCUGUUACCCUGCCUAGCAGGAAGCUCGGUUUCUCCUAAGGGGGCCCGAGACAAGCGGAGCAGGCGGAACAGACACAGCUCGUCGUCGGAUAAAGACACCCUGGCUUCCCCAGGUACCAACAGUGGGGACUUCAACCAUUUUCCAGAAGAUCCAGAGUUUGCAGAUUUCAUCUUAAGGGCAGAGCAAGCCAUAGAGAGCGGUGUUUUUCCUGAAAGGAUUUCACAAGGAUCCAGCGGGAGCUACUUUGUUAAAGACCCAAAAGGGGUAAAGUUACACCCAGAACCCAACAACACAAGGAAAAUCAUUGGUGUUUUUAAACCAAAGUCAGAGGAACCUUAUGGUCACCUGAACCCAAAAUGGACCAAAUAUUUUCACAAGCUCUGCUGUCCGUGCUGUUUUGGCCGAGGCUGCCUGCUGCCCAAUCAGGGUUACCUCUCAGAGGCUGCGGCCUCCCUGGUUGACACGAAGCUCGGUCUUGGAGUGGUGCCGAAAACAAAGGUGGUGUAUUUAGCCAGCGAGACCUUCCACUACAGCGCGAUAGACAGAGCCAAGUCCAGAGGGAAGAAGUAUGCCUUAGAAAAAGUGCCCAAGGUGGGACGACGGUUUCACAGAGUGGGCCUUCCUCCUAAGGUGGGCUCCUUUCAGCUGUUUGUUGAAGGUUACCGCGAAGCCGACUACUGGCUGCGGCGCUUUGAGGCGGAACCUCUGCCGGAGAACAUCAGGAAACAGCUGCAGUCCCAGUUUGAGAGACUGGUUGUGUUGGAUUAUGUCAUCAGAAACACAGAUCGUGGAAAUGACAACUGGUUGAUCAAGUAUGAGCAGCCAGGAGAGGUAGAUGAAAGCGAGAAGGAUGCCGAGUGGUUGGGGAAUGAUUCCUGCAUCAAGAUAGCAGCCAUCGACAAUGGCCUGGCCUUCCCCUUUAAACACCCAGAUGAGUGGAGAGCAUACCCCUUCCACUGGGCAUGGCUUCCCCAGGCCAAGGUGCCCUUCUCCCAGGAGACCAGAGACCUGGUGCUGUCCCGCCUCUCUGACAUGAACUUCGUCCAGGACCUCUGUGAGGACCUCUAUGAGAUGUUCAAGGCAGAUAAAGGUUUUGAUAAAACCAUGUUUGAGAGACAGAUGUCUGUCAUGAGAGGACAGGUGUUGAACCUGACUCAGGCACUUAAAGAUGGCAAGAGCCCCAUCCAGCUGGUGCAGAUGCCUCGUGUGGUGGUGGAGCGCAGCCGCUCAGGCGGCCAAGGACGGGUUGUUACGCUCGGCAACGCAUUCACACAAACCUUCCACUGCAAAAGACCGUUUUUUUCCUCUUGGUAGAACGAAAAGCCUAAGAAGGAAAACUAGAAAGACUUCUGGAAAGUUUGUUGCUCUGUUCCAACAUCAGUCCUUAAAGAGGGAGGAGGGCAGACUAUCAGAGGAUAAGAAGCAGAGCCAGCAAGCAGAAAGUACAUCAAAUAAAUGUUUGAAGGGAAGCAGAGUUUAUGCUGUUUACUUUUAAUUUUGUGAAAGGAGUUUAGCAAAAAGUGUAACAUGGAGAGAUUAGCAUACCUUGAUUUCCUGUCAGAAAAACCCUAAGGUCAUUUGGGUUUUUUAAUAAUCAGAUUUUUCACAAUGGAGGCUUUGUUCAUUGUUUGGAAAGCUACAUUUUUCCUUUUUUUUUUUUUCCCUUUCUUUCCAGAAAUUCUCUCAAAGUAUCUACUGAAGUUUAAAACCAGGUCUUAGGGGAGUAAUUGCCAAAAAAGUCCACUUGUAUUAGCAGUUUAAAAGUUUGGGUUAAUCUAAGGAACUGGUUUGCAGCUCUCCAUAAAGGGAUUUCUACUGCAGUUUGGGACUUGUCCUUACCUGGAUUAAAACUCCAAAGUACUUCCUUUGCCUUGGAUGAAUACUUUGUGUAAAACACACGUACACCUUCACAGCUAGAAGUAUUCUAGCUCAUACACUCAAAUGGGUCAAAGCCCACUGUAACCUUUAUUUAUUUUCUAAAACCACAAUCUUGACAGUGUCUUUAAACCUACGUACUGCCAAAUGUUUUUGUUUUGAAGAAUUAUAAGGAAGCCUCAAGCUUAGACUUAUGAUUAAACUUGAAUUUAGAGGAGUGGCCUGAGGUUGGGGCAGGGGGGGGGGGACAUGGCUUGAAUGUAUUCUGUUUACGGUUUACACACAGAUCCUAUCUCCGAAACAUUUCAGUACAAGAGAUUGCUCUCAGAACAAUGAAUGUAUUUGUGGUUUGGCAUGUGUUUAACUGCUGGCAGCUUUCUCUUGAACCGCCUGCAUUGAGGGAUAACAAUUCCUCUUUGUAAAAUAUUCUUUUACAAAAAGAAGACAUUUAAGACAAUGUUUCUCUUCAUGCUCGAUGCUGUUGUGUUUUCUUAUGUAUGAAUCUUGACAUUUUUAUUCCAAUUUAAUGAUUGUAUGAUAGUUGAAUAUUUAACAAACAAUAAAUAAAUAAUAAAA